AAUCCCGGCAAUACUAGUUCUCACUCUGGCACGGCGUGCGGCUCAACACUCGACUCAGCAGACGUUCCGACAUGAAGCUUCUCCUUCUCUUGGCGGUUCUCGGUGCGGCCGCGGCGGCCGAGCAGUCCUCAUGGUCGCUGUGGUGGUGGUGGCCUUUCUCCGACUCAGUCGCUGUACCACACUGGAACGACCUGAAAGUUGGAUGGGGGAUCAACCCGUUGACCUCGUUCCAGUCCCUUCCGCGCACGCGCAGCGAGGCUACCAAACAAGGCUGGACCAUGUACGGACGGGCCACAUGUGCAGGAACCUACUGGCAGGGUCUGCGGAUGAUCUAUCAGGACGAUCCCGCCGUGAUUCUGCUGUUCGACAGGAACGGCUUCAUCGCCGGCAUGCAGAUGGGAGUGAAACAGAGCGACCUUCCCGCGGACAGGUCCGUCCCACCCCGUGACGUCAUCCCGCCAUGGGUGCAGGACAGGAAUAACGACAUGUGGCUCAUCACCACAUACUUCGUCAGACCAGAUACCAUCUGUACUGUUGGGCGCACCGCGACCGAGUUCGAGGCGAAGGGAACAGGGACAGACCUGUACCUGCAGAUCGGGGCCAGCCCACGCACGGACUUCGUCAUCAUCCCCAAGUACGAGAAGGACAUACAGGGCACGGACUGGACCCCAGGGAAGUGCUUCUGGACCAUGGGCAAGCAUUACUUUAAGAACCUGCGGGAGAACAUGCGCUGUGAGGAGCUGUACCCGCUGUUCCCGCUGUACAACGAUGGGAAGCUGAACGCCUUCGGGCUGAUCGUCGGCGCGAGUGUCCCCAGCCCCACCUCUCGUUAUGAGUCACCCAUCGCCUCCAAGACGUUCUACCAGCUGUUCAUGACUCCGGUGCCCAAGUGCCUCCAGCGCCAUACCGAGGAGAAGGGCCUGACCACCCUGCAUGUCUUCCUGGAGAGCGACCCUCGUCUGAACAACUUCUGUUAGAUACUAGGUCUUCACAAAGCCGACAAUCACAUCAUCAGCACAGGCAGAUGUUGCUGGUUGUGAAAAACGACUAACGAUUCGUCAGUUACUCAAUGAAAGUUUGCUUAUGUGCAAUGGAUAAGUACUGUGAAGUAAUAAAAGCAGGCUAUGCAAUAAUAA